CGGGCUGACAUCGAAUCAAAAUCGCGUCGCUAAGUAACAAUAUCUUGUAGCAAACCACUAUUUCUAUUGGGGUGCAAUUCCUCUCCCGUGGAUGGCAUUCACUCAAGCUGGACUCCUGGCGCGCUCCUAUCUGCUGCCGACCUUCGAGUUUCCCUUCUACCGUGUCUUCUUGUACGCGAAUAUUCGCCGUAGCUUGAGUCAGCACCCAGAGCCUCAACGACACCACAGACAAGAUGGAUGAUCAGACCUCCAUCCUCAAAGACCAGCUCUACUCGGCUUGCGAACAGAAGCUUGACCCCGAUGGCGAGGGAGAAAAGGCCUACGACAGGCUCUUCAGCCAAGAUGACCUCUUCUCGCUCGACGUGGUUCCGCCGAAGGACCUCAAGACGCUGAUGAAGUUGAUCUCCAUGCUGACCAAUGAUUAUCUCUUCAUUCCCGUCAAUACAAAUAACGGCCCAGCAUGGCGCCUGCGUCCCGAGAUCGAAGCAGCCAAGUACAGCUCCUUAAGUGUCAACCAGCGCAUGAUUUACUCGCUCAUCGAUAAUGCCGGUGCCGAUGGCGUCUGGAACCAGCAGCUGCGGCUGCGCACCAACAUGGAGGAAAAUCUGGUCAAGAAGGUGCUCAAAGAGCUCGAGGGGAAGCGCCUCAUCAGUAGCUUUACCCACGUUGAGAAUGCCGCUCGGAAGAUGUGGAUCAAGUCCUCCAUCAAGCCCAGCCUCAAGGCCACAGGCGGAGCUUGGUUCACUGAUGGAGACCUCGAUGAGUCCUUGAUUGGCAUGAUAUCGGAAGUGGUCUACACGUUAGUGAAGAAACACGGAGCUUACUUUUCGGACGGAUCGCGAUCCAAGGCCCGGGAUGGCAGCAUCAGUCCCGUGCUACCCAAGAAGGUCAUCAAGGGGAGUACCAGCGAUGCCGCCCUUGCCGCGCGCGGAAAGAAGCGGACAGCUGACGACAUGGAGGUUGAUGGCGCCCCAGAAGUCCCUGUCUCGCCGUCCAAAGCUCGCAAGGCUAAGUCCGGACCCGUCCUUCUUCCCAUGCCCGCAGGUUACAAGGGCUACAUCACUGUUCCCGAGCUCACGGCCCAGAUUGCCAGAAGCAACGUUACGAAGGGUACGAAGCUUAAGGAAAGCGACAUCAAGCAACUUCUCGACGUUCUUGUUUACGAUGGCCGUAUCGAAUACGUUAAGGUUGGCAAGCGGGAGGGUUACCGCGCCUCCAGAAUAAGCAAGCAAGAUCCAACUUUCAACGUCUCGUUGGAUACAGUGGACACGGACGAGCCGCGGCACAACGGACUCACCACAGCACCAUGCGGGCGAUGUCCGGUCUUCGACCUAUGCGAAGAAGGCGGUCCAGUCUGGGCUGGCGGAUGUGAGUACUUUGACCGCUGGCUUAUAUAGUGCCGUUGGCUUUGCGAUGCGCCAAUUAUUUCAUCGGGCUGAAAGAGCGGAAGAACAGAAGCUGACGAGCGAUCUUACGUCUUUAAUUGCAUGGCUUUGGCGUUUGGACCAAGGGGCACCGGUUAAGUUUUGGAGCGGCCUCCAGAAUUGUUGCAUUUGCACGGAAAAGGCGUUGACUUGCUUGUACGUACCGCCUACGAAAUACCCUAUCACCGACUUUCUCAAUAUGUCGUGGGUAUCGUCUAGCAUAGGUAUGCAUGUAAAAUACUUAUAUUUUCCAAUAUUGGCUUAAGUUGACCCUAUACACCUUAUAAUAUUUGAUUAAAUGAAG